AUGUACAAGUACUGUUUUAAAGGACAAUGCGUGGAUAGGUGUAAUAACGAUGACGAUUGCCCUUUGAAAAAAUGCGUCGAUGGAACUUGUAAAUGUAACUCUGAUAAUGAUUGUCCCGCUCCCUUCCCUUAUUGUUAUCCAGUAGCUGGAGAUUUAGGUGAUUGUCGAGUUUGUAAGACUGAUUCGGAUUGUAGCGCAGCAAUAUCAAUCGGUUGGUUUUAUUGCAUUGACGGAAAUUGCAAAGCUUGUCGUGAUCAUAGCCAGUGCCCAGAUGGGUAUUUUUGCAAUAAUAAUAACGGUUGCCAAAAAUGUCAAAAAGACAGCGACUGUCCAUCAUCCUUAGGAUCAUUUUGUAAUCUUGAGCAAGGAAUGUGUUGUACUAAACCAGAUUGUACUUGUGAUACCAGUGUUGAUUGUUCGGAAUAUUUUCCUAAUUGUAUUUACUCAAAGUUCUAUAAUGAAGGAUGUGCUUGCAAAACACGUUUCGAUUGUCCAAAAUAUGGUUAUUGUGGACCAGAAGGAUAUUGUAAAAAGUGUCCGUUGCAACAUAAUUUUUGCCCAGCUAGCGAAAAGUGA